UUCGUCGACUCUUAGCAACACUAACGAACACAUCUCACCAGUGUGACGUUUCCCCGCGUCAACAUUGAUACACUCACGGAACACGUCUGGUAGCAUUUAUAAUAAUAUUACAUAUAGGCUAUUGAUUAUUUUGUUCUGCUGUACACCAUGCGGUUUCUUGCUAUUUGCAGCUUGUUGUUGUAUUGUGUUGCUCUAGUUUAUUGCACAGAGUUAACGUUCGUAUUGACAGAUAACGAUAAACAAUGUUUCUACGAAGAGGUUGAGGAAGGGGUCAAGAUUGACAUCGACUAUCAAGUUAUUGCUGGAGGGAACUACGACAUUGACUGUUUUGUUACAGAUCCACAGAACAAUGCCGUGUAUCAGGAGAAAAAGAGACAAUACGACAGCUUCUCGCACACCGCAGCAUCCAAGGGUGUUUACAAGAUCUGCUUCAGCAACGAGUUCUCCACGUUCACCCACAAAACAGUCUACCUGGAUUUUCGAGCUGGAGAAGAGGCCCCUCUGUUACCUGAUAUGAACAGAGGCUCCGCCCUCACUCAGAUGGAGUCAGCCUGCCUCUCCAUCCAUGAGAUCCUGAAGGUGGUGACGGACUCGCAGACGUGGUACCGACUCCGCGAGGCACAGGACAGGAUUCGGGCGGAGGACCUGCACGACCGUGUGUCCUUCUGGUCCACAGGGGAAACGUUCAUCCUGUUUCUGGUGAGCAUUGGCCAGGUGCUCAUGCUCAAGAGCUUUUUCAGCGAGAAGAAGACCAAUGUCACUGCCACCACUUAAGAGACAAAACACUUGGGACCUCCUUUGUAGCCUCUCUACCUGACAUUUUAUUGCAUCAAAUACUGUUCUGAACUGCUCCCUGAACUACUGUAUGUCCCUUGAGUCUCACAUUUCUAUGUGACGGAUAAAAUCUGGAACCACAUUUGAUUAGAAUCUCAUAUGGUGCUUGAUUUUGAUUAUGUGCCUAGAUUUAAAACAAAAAUGUGAAUGCACUACAUGGUCCACAGAGAUGUCUUUUCAUGGGGGGGCAUCCCCCCCCCCCCCCCCAUUCACCAAUGCAUUCCUUAUUGCUGAGUGUUUUCUAUUUUGCUGUGAGUUGGAGUGUACAUGCUCCUUUAUAAUUCCUUGUAAUUCAUUUCAUAAUUUGCUAACUUCUGAUUACAUGCAUGAGCACUGAGCAUGUAAUCAGAAGUUGAAAUCCCCCAAUGAUUUCUCCUUUUUGAAUGUUUUGUAGUGAUGUGUUGCCUUUUCCUAGCUCAUGAGUUUUACUUUAACAGAGUUGCAUCAUUGUAUACUGUACGCUGUGCAUCACCAUGUUUUUGAUUGUUUAUUAAAGGCAUUGUGGGGAAAAUAUAA